UUUUUUUUUUUUUUUUCAGUUCCUUUUUUUCUUAUUUUAUCUAUAAAAUUAAUGGAAGUAACAAACAAUGAGAGAGAUAUAAGUUCCUGUACGACCGCAGCAGAUAUAAAUGGAGGUGCAUUGUCGUUAUUACCGCCAGAGAUUCUCGUAAACAUAUUUAGUUUUUUUUCAGAUUCCGUUAAAGAUUUAUUAUUAUGCGCACAAGUUAAUCAAACAUGGCACCAUAUAAUUACAUCAUUUUACAUAUGGCGUACAGUAAAAUUUAAUAAGUUCGAAACGUUUUCAAGAUUUCAUGAAAUAUUACAGCUAAUAACGAAGACGAGAAGAAAUCGAGCGUUAGAUAAUUGGAGUAGAUUUGUAAAAGCAUAUUUGAACGUAAUAAAGUCUCCCAUUUCAAGAACUUCAGAAGAAGAAUACGAAGAAGAAGAAGAAAAAGAUGUAGGGGCCCAAAUUUCUUUUACAAAACCGACUUAUUUUUAUUCAACAAAAUUUUAUGGAUAUUUUGUUAAAAAACUUGAUUUAUCGAGAAUUCACAGAAAAAAUCUUAUCACUGAGGAAAUGCUUCGCGACCUUUUUCCAAACAUACCAAAUCUUGAGAACGUUAAUUUUUAUAAUUGUUAUACAGUUACUGAUAGGGUAAUUGAAAAAUUAACGAAAUCAUGUCAUCACUUAAAGAAAUUAAAAUUAUUCGGAUGUACAAGUCUCACGAAUCGAUCAUUGUAUUGGAUUGAAAUGAGAUGUUCUAAACUUACCACGUUAAAUAUAGGUUUUUGCGUUAUCAUCACUCCAAAUGCGUUACAAAGCUUGGUAAAUAGAUGCAAGGAACUCACGUCGCUCACAAUAUCACAUUGUUUAAAUACUCGAGCAAUUUCUUUAAUCCCCAUGAUUCCAAGUUUGCGUAAAUUGGAUUUGGGAAUCAGUAAUCCAAAGCUUACCGAUGAAGCUACAAAUAUAAUUUCACGACAUUGUCCAAAUCUUGUUUAUCUUUCUUUAUCAUUUAGUUUAAUUACAAGGUUAGGUUUAAGGACUAUCGGGCGAGGAUGCAGGAAACUCUUGUUUAUUGACUUAAGUGGAUGUUAUUUGAUUGAUGAUGAAAUUUCUGAUUUCUUAAGUUAUUGUCCUCGAUUAAAAAUUAUUUAUCUUAAUUAUUUAUUACAGAUAUCGGGAAAAAGUUUUCUUUCUAUAAUCAAAUCGAGUCAAAUAGAAUACGCUUCAUUUACUAGUAGUAAAAUUUUGGAAGUAUCAUCAUCAAUUGAUUUACUUCCUCCUUCUUCUAACGAGGAAAGAUCUUGUUCUAAGAUUAGAAAAUUGGUAUUAGAUAAUUGUGAAAUUUCAGAUAAAAAUUUGAAACAAAUUUCUUAUUGGUGUAAAAAUUUGGAAUAUUUAGAUAUUAGUUUAGUUUAUGAUAUGGAUGAUAGGGUUUUACAAGAUUUAUGUGAUCGACUAGAAAAUUUGAAGGAGGUUAUUGCAAAGAAUUGUUAUGGAGUAAGUGUAGCUAUGCAAGAUAAUUUAAGUAAACAUCAAAGAAUUAAGUUCACUUUUUAAAAGAAGAUGGAUUUGAGAAAAAAUGAUCGA